AUGGUAGCAGAUAAAGAGCCAUUUUACUUAAGAUAUUAUUCAGGACAUACAGGACGAUUUGGCCAUGAGUUUUUAGAGUUUGAUUUUCGUGCUGAUGGGACAUCACGUUAUGCAAACAACUCGAAUUAUAGAAAUGAUUCAUUAAUUCGUAAAGAAAUGUGUGUGAGCCAAUCUGUUAUAUCAGAGCUCAAAAGGAUUGUUAGGGAGAGUGAAAUUAUGAAAGAAAAUGAUUCAAAAUGGCCGAAAAAAGAUAAAGAUGGAAGGCAAGAACUUGAGAUACGUCUAGGAAAUAACCAUAUAUCGUUUGAAACAGCAAAGAUUGGAUCAUUAGUAGAUGUACAAGAAAGCGAAGAUCCCGAAGGAUUGCGUGUAUUUUACUAUCUUGUACAGGAUCUUAAAGCGCUAAGUUUUAGUUUGAUUUCUCUGCAUUUUAAAAUAAGACCUAUAUAAAGGCAUGUUUAUAAAUUUUUUUGAAUGCAAUCUUUUUUAGAGAAUAACUUUGUCAAACAGUAUAUGUAUAUUAUUAUAUAAAAGAUUACUUAUUUAUAAUAAAAAGUAUUAUUUAAAAAAUUAGUUUAGGGCAAUGUUAAGAAGUUUUUGUAGAAUUAAUAUCCAAAUGAAAAAUAUAAAGGAAUUAUUAAUGAAAUAUUGUAAAUAUUCUAACUAAAUCCUUGAUGUUAAAGAAGAAUAAAGAAAGCUUAAAAGAAGAUAAGAUAGAGCCUUUAGAUGGUGAAAUAUAUGAG